GCGGAGAACCUCUGCCAGGCUAUGAACGAGGCAAUAACGAGAAAUCAAAGACGGAAGCAACCGGCUCGAACUACGAAAGACACCAUCAUUGGUUUAUGAGCCUUUCAGAAUCAUCUGGCCGGCCUCCCAAUGUGUGGCAGCAUUGUGUCGCCCAAUGGUGGCUGUGCCGGACGACUGCCUUGGGUUUCCGGGAGGAAGAUCAAGCCCUCAAAUCUACCCCAUAGCCUCUCGUUAUCGCUCCGAGAGUCUUGUAUCAACAGGUCAAACGAUGGACCACAUCAUGUAUCGGGCUAUCUUCUAUAAAUCCUUCGCCACCAUCCUGCUCCAACAGUAGAUUCCGUCGCAUUACGCACAACAACUCUCAACCCUAAACACCAAACAACUAUUCGGCCAGAAAAUAGACUUAGGGAUUGGAUAAGACUGGUUAUGAGCCGCCCCGACACUUGAGAUCCUGACACUUUGCCCAACAUGGAUCCCGACUUGGGUGAUGCGGACUCUAUGUCGUCCUUCUGUCCUCGUACCUUGAUCUACAGCUUAGUUCGAGCCGCAAAAAUCGUUUCUUGUGGGAUCAUGGUCAGCACCGCAGUCUUGUUCCCAAUCGCCAACGAUGGGAACUUCUCCUUCCUUCGUCUCACCCUCGUCCUAUUCAUAGUCUCGGCGGCGGUGUAUCUCACGAUAAAUGUUCAGUCGCUUAUCAAAAUCGGCCCAUGUACCGCCCCGGUAGCAUUGUUUGUAUUGCUGCAGGCUGUCCUAUCUGCUGGAUCUUCGAGCAACAGCCUCAUCCCUUGGCUCCCUCUUGGUUUCGCGUUUACGAGCAUCAGUACCGUGAUCAUCGAUAGCAUUUGCAAGCGGUUCAAGACUCCAGCCCCAGUGCCACCAGACAAGAAAUUACCACACACCUCCGUGGACCUCCAAAGCAAUACCUCGUUCCGGUCUAGUCCUAGUUCAUCUGACAACAUGCCUCCUCCGGAAUCUUACCUCCAGGAACGAGAGUUCUUCGUUAGGCAUGGGCCAUCGUCUCACUGUACGUGUAGCACGCACACAGGGAGUUCGGAUAUCUGCCUUUCCGAUAUUUCUGGACGGUGCCGAUCGGAGUGGGAUCUACCAACCCGGAGCCAUUUUGUUCGCUGAUUUUCAUCCGAACCCUUCACAAGAAGCCGCCUAUGUCGGGAGACGUCAGGAUGACGAGGUUUUCGAACCCAACCCUGGUGACACCCACCAUCCGUUGACGGAUAUUUCGUAGCAGGUUUUGCUUUCACAGGAGCCAGAUAAUCAACGCACCCCG